AUGUCAAAGAUAAUUGAAAGAUUUGUCGCUGACCAACUCACAGCAUUUCUUUCAAGUAGUUACAAAUCGCCAUCCACUCAGUCAAGAUUCCGUGAAUACCACAGUACCAUCGACUGCUUUGUUACAUAUACCUCCUGUCUGAUUUUGCUAGACUUCAGUAAAGCAUUUGAUACUAUAAACCAUGACAUUGUACGGAUGAAACUUCAGUAUCUUGGUUUGGGAGCAAUGUCCUUGAUUUUUUUUACUAUUUCACUGAUAGGUCUCAAAGAGUGGUUAAUCUAUUUUUCUGUGGCUCAAAAGCAUCCAAAAAUUAUUUUCGACAAUUACGAGUUCAGAAUGCGCCAUAUGAAAUCUUCGAACAAAACCUUAUGGAUAUGCACUCAAGAUAAAAAUAAGUGCAAAGUAAGGAUUCAAUCAUCUGGAAAUCGAUUGCUUAUUAAGAAUAUCGCCCACAACCACGUACCAACGUUUAAUGUGGCGCACCCAGGGAGGGGGCUAUCGGGUCAUUAUAUAGUGGUCACUAUCGUUGGAGAUGUUGACGGACAACCAACUGAUAAUGAUUCGGAAACAACUUUGGAGGCUAUUGUCGGAAUCAAAAAAACCCUUGAAAUUAUGAAUGCCCGAUUAAGAAAUAUUGAGCUCACAAUCAACAGCAAAUUCCAUAAUCCGCAGGGAGGGAUUAAAAAUGAAAUUUCAAAGUUGCUUCCUGUGGAGUCACUAGAAAAACUAGAAGAGCUGGAGUUAAGAAUCCAGAAUGAAUCAGACAGAGAAAGUUUAUUUCAAGUUCUACAGUAUAUUGGUGGAACUUCAGAAAAAAGCUGUGUUGUCCGGUGCAUUGAAAAGCUUCUUUCGAAUCAAUGUGGAAUGUUUUGUUCCUGGACCGGAAAGAAGGGAAAUUUUAAGAUAAAAGAUUUGGAAUCAGUACAGGUAGUAAAAGACGCUGUAAGAAUAAGUUUUCCACAAAUUAAGGACGAUGUAUUUGAAAGAGCAAUUAGGUCGUGGCUGCAGUUUGCUAAAUUAAGGCAUGACAGGGGUAAAAAGUAAAUAACAUAGGAAUCUGUUCG